AUGGAAGAGGCUACUUAUUCUGUACAUUCUCCUGCAGUUUUUGAGGUAAGGAAAGCUGCGAAAUCAUCUCGUAAAUCAGCUCCUCCAGUGAUUAGAGUAAUACCAAGGUUGAACAAGAGAUAUCAAAAAUCACCAUACUCAAUAGACCAAAUGAAUAAAAUCAGCUUAAAAAUGAUUGAACCAUAUAGAAAUAUUUUUAAAGAUGCUGUUGUAAUCUACACUGAAAAAAAAAUUAAGAGCACAAGAAAGUGCGAAAUGAUUAGGAAGAUAAUGAUAGAAAGAGAGAGUGGAAUAUUUAAUAACUUACAAAAAUGUCUAAUAUAUGAUACAGAUUGGAUGAAAGAGAAGAUAAAACUGGACGAAUCAGAUAUUGUAAAAAAAACAGAGCAAGAAAUUCAACCACUAACUGAUGUAUUUUUACUAAAAUCUGUAAUUAAUGACAAGAUUCAUGAACAAAAGAAACUAUUGGAAGACUUAAAACUGUUUUGGAAAGAAUAUCCUGAUAAACUGAAGACUAGAAUAAGAAGUGAGACUCUAAAGCUAAACGAUAUAUUGAAUAUGAACAUACUGGAAGAAAAUAUAGAUACUAAUACUAACUUACCUAAAACUAUGCUUAUGAAAGGAAAGGAUAGUUUUAAUCAGGAUUUUCACUCUGAGGAAAUCAAGAUAAAUCAAAUGAAUGUAGCAGCAAGUAUUUGUUUAAGUACUACAAAUAAAUUUGUCGAAUUACUACAGAAUGUGACACAGAAAAUGGAACAGAUAUUAAAUGCUGAGCAACGCCUAAAUAGUGUUGCUAAAGCUAUAAUUGAUAACCCACAGUCAGUUUAA